AUGAGCCAAUCCAAGCUCAGAAUUCUCCUAAUCGGCGGUGGCGGCAUAGGCAUCGUAACAGCCUACGCCCUCGAAACCGGUGGUCUCGCCGAAGUAACCGCCAUCCUGCGCUCCAACUACGCCGUCGUCGAGAAAAACGGCUUUACGAUAGAUUCCGUGGACCAUGGCUAUAUUCAAGGCUGGAGACCGUCACAUACCAGAAACACAAUCCCAAAUAAGGAAGAGAAAAUAUUCGACUACUUAAUCCUAACCACAAAAAACAUCCCUGACAUUCCUCCAGCUCUCCCCGAUAUAAUCGCACCAGCAGUUACGCCCUCGCAUACCUCUAUAAUUCUCAUCCAGAACGGUGUUAACAUCGAACACCCAUUUCGGGAACGAUUUCCCACGAACCCGAUUAUCUCUGGUGUUUCAUUCACCAGUGCUACAGAAGUCAAGCCCGGGUUUAUCAGACACGAUGAUUAUGAUCGCGUGCGAUUAGGCCCUUUCCCUCACCCUCGUAACCAGGAUCCCAGUGAUAGUGAGCUAUCCGCAAAAGCAACAACAGCAACCCAAACCUUCAUAACCGCCUACAACCCCAACGCCAACAUCAACACCAACAACUGUACCAUCGACGUCCAAUUCGACAUUGAUGUCCCGGCAACCUGCUGGCGGAAGCUCAUCUACAACGCUUCCUUCAACCCCAUCUCUGCGAUCCUGCGGAUGGAUAUCACCCGGAUGCGCGUUUACGAGCAUGUCAUUGAUGAGCUCGUGAAGCCGGCUAUGAGGGAGGUUGUUGCUGUUGCGGGGGCUUUGGGGAUUAGGGUUGUUAGUCGUGGGGAAGAUGAGGAGGGGGUUAUUGGGCAGGCAAUUAGGUGUGAUCCGCCAGAGGCGUUUUUUAGGCCAAGUAUGUGUCAAGAUGUUGAGAAGGGUAAUUAUAUGGAAAUCGAGAAUAUUGUUGGAGAGCCGCUACGGGAGGGGGAGAAGUUGGGUGUUCCCACGCCGACGUUGAGGACGAUUUAUGCUAUUUUGAAGGGGUUGCAGAUGAAGGUUAAAGAGCAGAGGGGAUUUGUAGAACCCAAGUUUAAUGAGAAGAGUCAAUAUGCUGGGAAGUCUGAGUCUAUGGCAUAG